ACGGACUUGGGACAACCUGCCUUUUCAUUUACUUUGCUUCUUCUUAAUUUUGGCCAUUGCCCUUGGGGUCGGGGAGGACCUUUUUCUACGCACCACGAAGUUCAGCUUUAUUACAAGACUUUUAGCAUACCUUUUACAAGGGAGGCUCAGCGGACAACACGACACCAUUUGGCCAUUUCUGGUUGCAUGCGACGACGCAAUUUAACAAAACCCUGAUUCAUAUUACCGAGUCCAGCGCUUUUCUGGACCGCUCUGCUACAUACCUCGUACUGCGCCUUGUUCUCAAAAGAAGGGAACACGCUUGCCUGCAACUCCGCUUGGCCUGAACCUUAUCGCUUUUAUUAUCAGGCAAUCGACACGUCAACAGUUGCCCGCGUUUUUCUAGGAUUCCGACGGGCUGCACGAGUAGGUUGCGUUUUUGGAUUCCUUGGGGAGAGGAGGAUUUUUGUUGUGGGAGGUGUAUAUUGUGAGAUUGUGUGGGAAAUACACUCAUGAUAUUUCGCGAUAUACGUCGUUCUUCAAUACCAGCCAUUUGCACAAUCCCAGAGAUUGUAAGAACGACUGGGGUCCUACGGUCAUGUUGAUCUGAAGUGGAGUAUCUGGAAAAAAGAGGUCCGAAACAAAGAGGAUCAUCCCGACAUUAGUCGCCUGCGAGAGUCAAACCUCGCAACACUUUUAUCCGUCUUGUUUCCCCUAUAUAACCUCGAUCACAUCUCUACUCAACAAUGGGUAAAAAGCGAAAUUGGUUUGGGGGGCGCUCCAAAUUGGAUUUGGGAGAGUCUCCAAAUACCGAUAUCCCCACUGAUCCACCUGCUGCAACACCGCAAGGUGUAGCAGCAGCAUCCGAUCUCCAUGCCAAGCGUCGUAUAUGGAUAAAUAUGCCCAUGCAACCACCAUAUAUUGACGAACAAACCGGGCGACCGGCGGUCUGGUAUAAACGGAACAAGAUUCGAACAAGUAAAUACACGGUCAUAUCCUUCCUACCAAAAAACAUCUUUGAACAGUUCCGAAGUGUCGCAAAUUUCUAUUUCACAAGCUUGGUCAUUCUUCAGUGCUUCCCUCCCUUCCUACAAGUAUCACCGGUUUUGACGGCUGCACCGAUUGUAAUUAUUGUGGCAGCGACGGCACUGAAGGAUGCCAUUGAGGAUUGGAAGCGACAUCGAUCAGAUGCGAGCGUGAAUAAAGCGAGCACGUAUCUAUUGUCAAAUUGGAACAAUACGAACCACGUAGAGCACCACGCAUUCAAUUUCAAACGGACAUACAAAAUGGUGAAACGAUCUAUACGACAGGCGUUGAGAGCCUGUUUUACUGCCCCGUUCAAAGCACGUAAGCCUGCGGGAACCGAAACUGUGGGUCGUCCGGCUAUGAUAGCCGCCGAUGAUUACAUGCAUGAUGUCGAGUCAGACGAUGAAGAGCGUGCUGUCCCGAAUGGAAAACGCGCCUCUCAUACGUCGUCGGGACAGUCCGUGUGGAAGCUGUCGAACUGGGAGGAUGUCCGCGUCGGAGAUUUUGUGUUUUUGCGAAACGAUGAUCCGGUACCUGCCGAUAUUGCCAUCUUGUCAACUAGUGAGCGGGAUGGGCUCUGUUACGUAGAGACAAAGAAUUUAGACGGAGAGACGAAUUUGAAGGUUCGCCGAGGUGUUCCGGAUUUCGAGAGUGUUCGGACACCAGAGGAUUGUCAUGGUAUACGAGCGUUCCUGGAUUCCGAGCCACCGACCUCCAAUCUCUACGCCUACAGCGGUGUUCUCACUAUUCAGGGAUCUCCAUCGUCAUCCGCUCCAACCCGCGCAUCCGUUUCCUCCCAAGAUUCCCCCAAAACUGUCGUCCCGAUCGGAAUCAGCGGGGUUCUCCUCCGAGGCUGCAUCCUACGUAACACGAAAUGGGUGAUUGGCAUGGCCAUCUUCACCGGAGAAGACACGAAAAUCAUGAUGAACUCUGGUUCAACACCAUCCAAACGAUCCCGCAUCGACAGGCAAAUCAACCCUCAAGUCCUUGUGAAUUUCAUGCUCCUCUCCGCCAUGUGCAUGAUUUGUGCUGUUAUAGCAGCCAUGUAUGCCUCUACCUAUAUUCACGAAGGAGCGGUAUUUGCCGGCAAUGCUACAUCUGAUAUGGAAUCACCGAGUUACACAGCUUUUGUAACAUUCUUCCUCUGCAUGAUUAUCUUUCAAAAUAUUAUCCCUAUUGCGCUGGUUAUUAGUGUUGAGGUUGCAAAGCUGUUUCAGAGUUUUAUGAUUCACAUUGAUGAGGAGAUGUAUGAUGUCGAGUCUGAUAAGCGAGUUACACCACAAGCGUGGAAUCUUUGCGAUGACUUGGGUCAGAUCGAAUACAUAUUCUCAGAUAAAACCGGCACAUUGACUUGCAACACAAUGGAGUUUCGGAAAUGUACGAUCAACGGUGUCAUGUACGGUGGGACUUUUGUAUCCGAGGCUGCCAUGGGAGCGGCUGAGCGAUCUGGGUCAGAAUUGGAUACCAAAGCGUUGGCCAACACACGAGCCGAAGCUGAAAAACAAAUGAUUGCCGGAAUGAAGGAAUUAUUUGACACUAGAUAUCUGGCGCCAAAACUUUCUUUCAUAGAUGCAGAUCUACCGCGUCAUGUGCGUGACAAUGGUGUACAGGCGCGGCGUAUUCGAGAGUUUUUUACCCUCCUCGCUGUAUGUCAUACGGUUUUGGUCGAGAAACCGGACAAGUCGGACGAAAAUCACCUAGAGUACAAGGCCCAGUCGCCCGAUGAAGCUGCCUUGGUUGCAGCUGCACGAGAUGUGGGAUUUGCAUUCUUGAAACGGACCGAUAAUCGGGUGGAAGUGGAUGUAAUGGGACAAUGGCGUACCUAUACGAUUUUACAUGUCCUGGAAUUCAACUCGGAUCGAAAGCGAAUGAGUGUCAUUAUCAAACGUCCGGAAGGCGAUAUUAUUCUUCUAUGUAAAGGGGCCGAUAGCGUUAUUUACGACCGAUUGUCCAAAGAUAACGAUCCCGAGCUCAUGGAUGUGACCUCUACGCAUUUGGAGAAUUUUGCAAACGAAGGCUUGAGGACAUUGUGUUUGAGUUAUCGUAUCAUACCGCCAGACUUUUACGAACGGUGGGCGGAACGUUACCGGGCAGCUCAAGCGUUGAUUGAAAACAGGGAACGGGAGUGUGAUUUGGUUGCCGAAGGUAUUGAGCGGGAGUUGAUCCUUAUGGGCGCGACGGCCAUUGAGGAUAAGCUCCAAGACGGUGUACCAGAAACUAUUGGCAUCCUCGCGAAAGCAGGAAUCAAAAUCUGGGUAUUAACGGGAGACAAAAUGGAAACAGCCAUCAAUAUCGGUUUUGCUUGUAAUCUUUUGAAGCGCAACAUGAUCCUUAUCGUUGUUAAAUCCGAUUCCCUUGAUUCCACCUUUCAACAAUUGACGGAGGCUUUGGAACGGUUUUGGACUGCUGAUGGACGUCCUUCGAGUGCUACUGGAGAGGCAGAGUAUGCGUUUAUUAUCGAUGGGGAGAGUUUAAAGUAUGCAUUGGAACCAAGAUGCAAAGCCCUUCUGCUGGAGCUUGGAUGUCGAUGUCGGGCGGUGGUUUGCUGCAGGGUCAGUCCGUUGCAGAAGGCAAUGGUUGUGCAGUUGGUUCGCAAAGGACUGGGUGCAAUGUGCCUGGCCAUUGGUGAUGGAGCCAACGACGUGUCCAUGAUCCAAGAAGCAGACGUUGGAAUCGGUAUCAGUGGUAAAGAAGGUCUUCAAGCCGUCAUGGCGGCUGAUUACGCGAUAGGACAAUUUCGGUUCCUCGGUCGGCUGCUUUUGGUACAUGGACGAUGGGCGUACCUCCGCACUGCCGAGAUGGUGUUGAAUUAUUUUUACAAAAACGUGGUAUACUUGUUUGUACUGUUUUGGUAUCAGUUUGACAAUGGAUUUUCGGCGAGUACUGUUACGGAUUACACCUACUCAAUGUGGUUCCAAACCUUUUUUACCCUCCUCCCUACGAUCGCGAUCGGCACCCUCGACCAAGAUGUCAAUGACCGUGUAUCCAUGAUGGUGCCGCAGCUCUACCUGAAAGGAAUCCGACAAACCCUGUACACAAUGGAACGGUUUUGGCUGUAUAUUUUCGACGGGAUAUACCAAUCAGUCGUCAUUUAUUUCAUUGCCUAUGCCAUAUUCCGCGACUCGAUACCCUAUCAUCAAGGAUGGGAUGCCACAAAGGAUGAUAUGGGUACCUUGUGUGCCAUGGGGAUCAUCCUAACUGUCAACUUCUAUGCUGCCCUCAAUAUAAUGAACUGGACGUGGAUGAUACUGUUGGCGUUCGUCAUCACGAUAUGUAUAUGGUUUGGAUACCUCCUGGUUUAUAUCAGUGCCCCGGCCAACCCACCCUACGGACAACUUCAGGUUUUGCUACCGAGCGCAACUUUUUGGCUGAGUGUCGUACUCUCGGUGUUUUUGGCGCUCUUUCCCCGCUUUCUCGGAAAGUUUGUUAUUGGGUGGUUCUGGCCUAGUGACACUGACUUGGUGCGAGAGGUGCAACAGUAUUGCUGGAAAGAAGGGGAAGAACUUCGAUUGGAUGAGGAUGGUGGAAAGAAGCAUGAUGCUCCUGCUCCUGAACCAAAGGAUGAAGGGAGUGAUUCAGAGAGAGGAGACGUGGUGCGAAGUAGUGCAAGUAUGCGAAGGAACUUUUCGGAUAAUCUGCUGAGCAGACGGCGACAGAGUACCUCAAAGGGUAUGACAUCCAGCACGGGGGGUGAGAGCGACGGUAGCAUGCGCCGAGCACAAUCGGGAAUGCUGGGGAGUCAGGAGAUUGUAGGGAUACGGCCCACACCAUUACCACAGCCUCCUCUACUUCUUCCCGCUUCGAUCGAUCCAGCUGGCCAUAUGAUACCUGGUCAUCAUGGUGUCGAAACCCCCAGUGAUGGCUUUGGCGAUUACGCUCACAGCCGCCAUCACAAGAAGCGCGCACUAUUUGUCGAUACUAACGGGAACCGACCUUCUGUCGGUGCAUCCUCUACCGUGUCAGACGCGUCCGAACCGGGAGAACCGACGACCCAUUCCCGUCGUCCCUCUGCCUUCCGUCCCCGGUCCAUAUCUGCGGCUGUCAAGGGCGUUGGCAAGAAAGUUGGUCAUGUUGUUCAACGGCUGCGUGAUCGGUCACAUCGACUGGGAACGCAUGGUCGUGCAGGGAGUCUGGUUAUCUUUAUGGGUGCCAAUGGACAGGAAAUGUGUAAUACGGGGUUUGCGUUCUCUCAUGAUGAGGGAAUGAGUCCUGUUAUUACCCCUACCAGACCACCGGCACCACCGCGGGAAGACUCUAACGAUGCCAUGUCGCCAAAUUCUUCCAACCAGCACCCACGAUCCCGAAGUGCCACACCCGUUCAGCGCCUUGUGGGAGCACUCCGACCCGGCUUCCAUCACCACCACAACAACAAUCAUAAUCAUCACGUCCACUUUAAUGACCGGGAGCAUGGGGGCAAUGCCAUGGAGAUGAGAGAGGGCGAGGGAGGUUCUCGGAUGUUGGGUGUAGGUGUUGCGGGGGUUAUGGUUGGUGCGGUUGGAGCAGCUGUUGCUGGGGCUAUAAGGGUUAGUGUUGGAGACGCGGAAAAACCGCCGGAGGGAGAGGUGACGGGGACGGCUGUAUCGGCAGGGGACUUGGCUGGUAAUACAGAGAUUGGGGAAGCAGAAGAGGGACAAACAAGAGAGGAGAAUGUGAAGGUCUCUGUGGAAAACGUGCCAACCACGAUCGUGGGCGACGAAACGGAUUUGGAGAAAGGACAUGCGGAAGAGACAUGAAAGAAACGGGAUCGUUUAGGUGAUGGAUGAGAAUGGGCCUUUAUUUUUAUUGUGUUGUUUUUUAUGUAUAGAUUUGAUGAUGGUUUAUGGUCCCUCCUUUUACUAUUGUUUUGCAUUGUAAGCCGUCAUCCUAAAUUCACCUUUUUGCGAUGAC